AUGACACGGAACUCGAAGUUCCAACUUCUUGCCGUUGCAGCAUCACUAGUGAUCACAGCCGACGCGAACAUGCAGAAGCGGUAUGGCGACGGCGGAGUUCACCGCGUGGACAAGCGGGCGCUGCAGGUCACCCGUCGUGCGGUCCUUGCCGACAAGAGAGACGGCAGCGGCGUCUGCGGCGUGAGGAGCUGCGUCGCAACGACCAAGGGGCCGUCAACGUGCGGCACGAUGGUGGGAUGGUAUCCUUGCGCGGCCGUCUACGGAGGAGGCUGCUGUCCAGACGGCUACCAAUGCCAGCGCGGUGCCAACUGCGUACCGCCGUCUGGCUCGGCCUACACAUAUGCCUGUCCGACGGGCCACUUCUUGUGUCCGGCAUCUGCAAGCUAUGGCUGUUGUCCGAACGGCAUGGGCUGCGCGGUGAACCAGUGCUACGCAACGGCUCCGACGACCAAGACCGAUAUCAUGGUGAUUACGACAAAGGCGAGUGGCGGCAAGACGAGCAUCUACACAACGACAAAGACGAUCGUUGGAACACCAGACGUGCCCACUGCUCUGCCGACAGUUGUUGCCGGUCAGGACGGAGAUUCACAAAAGGUGCUCAAGUACUUUCCCUCAGUGGUGGCCAAGACGUCGCCCACAGGGGCCGCGUCUGAGGAUGGUGGCGGUGGCAUAUCUCCGGCGCAGCUGGGCGGCAUCGUGGCCGGCGCCGUGGCCUUUGUCAUCAUCGUUCUCGUUGUGGGCUUCUUGCUCUUCCGCCGUCAACGGAGAAAGAACAAGGAAGCAAAGAAGAGAGGCGCCAUUACCGGAGGCGGCGGUCGGCACGCAGGAGGCGAGAAGGCGAAGCCGUUCCAGUCGGUCGACUCGGACAACGACACGAUGAGCGUGGACCCCCUCAUGAUGCUACCGUCGUCAGCAUCGCCAUCUCCGCCGCACAUGCACCGACCUAGCCCGGGGUUGGAUUCACGCAUCAGCGGAGACACCCCGGACUUGUACGGCGCGACGUCGCCAGACGAGACGCCCUCGAGCUUCGCCGGCGGUUUCCAGCCCGUGGGCCGAGGCGGAGGCGCCGGGCAUCCGGGCAGCACUCGCCACCCAAGCUGGGACAGCGCGACGAACAAUGACACCAUCACCUCGGGCUACUUUGAUGCGCAGUACGUGCAGCGGAAGCAGCGACACCAACGCCUUGUGUCGAGCGAGACGGGCGGUGUCGCACGGACGGUGAGCCGCAUGACGCACGACUCUCGGCCCGGGUACUACGGCCACGGGCGGGACGUGAGCGACGCGUCUGACGCCUCGUCGAGCAUCGCCUUCACGGAAACGGAGGGCCGCCCGAGCAUCGGAGGCGCCACGCCGACGCUGGUAGCCGAGCUCGAGGCCCAGCCAUACGUUGCCGAGCUGCCCCCCAACUCGCCCGCGUCUGUCUCGGUGCUGUCGUCCUCGGCCGGCGGCCCCUCGCCAAUCGACCCAAGCACUGCGGGCGCAUACAUGCAGUACCACAACGGGGAGCACCAUCGGCAACGGCAGCGAUCCAGCAGCGGUGGGAGCACGACGAGUGUCGGGUCGGUGGCGACGACGACCCCGGGGCCGGGAGGACGCCCGCCGCUUGUGCACCAGCGCAAGAGGAGUGACGGCCGAGCGGGCACAGGGCGACUCGGUGUCGUGGACGAGGAGAUGAUUCACGGGUACCACGGGCCGAGGGAGUUUUUGGAGGGACAGACGGCUGCGGAGAGCCCCCUGACGGAGAUUGAUGAGAAGAGCACGAAGUGA